CCCAAAUUCCAUAAAGUCUAUGGGAAGGACGGAGUGAAGCGAUGAACCGAGACAGAGGCGCGGCAUCCGGGCCUGGAUCUGACGGGAUCCCGGCUGUGAUGGGACGGGACAGAGCCGCAGCAGGAGGGCCCGUGGUGGACGCGCUCCAGCCCGCCAUGAGUCGGGACAGACCGGGCAGCGGGGACGGGGUUCAGACGAUGGUGGGCCCAGAGAGCGGGGAGAUGUUGGACGCAGGCGUCACCGCGGAAAAGCGGCUCUUCUCAGUGGCCGGAAACAGAGAUCCUCAGGCCGGAGAGAACCACACCGAGCCGCCGCCGGUGCUGGCGCCGCCACAACAGGGCCCCACAGGCCACCGUACCACCUCCUUCUCCGUCCUGGACAUCCUGGAUCCCAACAAGUUCACGAGCAACCGGCGACACACGUCGCCGCCGCAGCACGUGAGCCACCACGGGGAGCGCGAGCUGAUCGCCUACGAUGCGGAGAACCGGAGAGCAGGGCCCGGGGAGCGCGAGCUCAGCGGCCUGGAGCCCAGCAAGAGUUGCUACGGCGCGGAGGAAUACCAGAGCAAGGACAGUUUUGUAUACCGAAGUCCAGAUGAGGAGGACUACCACCGCUCUGGGACUCCAGACUCUGAGGGUCCGGAUGGGACCUACAGCAGCGAGGAGAGCAGCUCCGCUCUGCCUAGCAACGGAGACAGAGAGCUGGGCCAGCACGGCCACUCUGACCCCAGCAGAGACACAAAGAGCCCCGGUGGAGGCCCCCCGGCUCAGAUCAGCAGCGGUCAGACCAACGCAGGGCAGGGCACCAAGCCCAAGAGGAAACGAUCCGGCUCGGACUCCAAGUCAGGGAAACCCCGCAGGGCCCGGACUGCAUUCACCUACGAGCAGCUGGUGGCGCUGGAAAACAAAUUCAAGUCCACACGCUACCUGUCGGUGUGCGAGCGCCUCAACUUGGCCCUGUCCCUGUCCCUCACCGAGACCCAGGUCAAGAUCUGGUUCCAGAACCGCCGGACCAAGUGGAAGAAGCAGAACCCUGGAGCCGAUACCUCGGCCCCCACAGCUGGGGGAGCCGGAGGAGCAGGGGGGGCAGGUGGGGGAGCAGGGGGCGGCCUGGGCAGCCUGAGUCCUCUGAGCCCAUCUCCUCCGGUCAGCGGCCACCUGGCCAUGCAUACUGGCUACGCCGGACACCACCACCCCCCCACAGGGAGCCUGGUGCAGCUGCCUUUCCUCACAGCCAGCCAUGUUCUGUCUCCGUUCAUGCUGGGAACUCAGAGCUACGCUGCACCUGCCUUCUACAGCACACACCUGUAGAGCCACACAGUGAACUGCAGAGCAGAAAACCUUUUUACUACCAAUACCUGAAGGCUUUAAAUCAGUGGAUUAUUUUGAUAGAUUGUGAAUAUGAACCAGAACUUGUACAUAAAUCUAUGUUGUAGCUUCCUCUGAAUGCUGUCUGGACCUGCGUGAUAGACCAACAAUUGAGUUCUUUCUUUCUGUUUGAUUUCACGUCUGUACAAAUACUGAAUGUUUCUUUAAGAUGUAAGGAAUGGCUUGAUCUAUCGUCAGUACUGUGUAAUUCCAGCUGUGAUCAUUUUAAUUUCCCUUAUUUAUUGAAUUUGUUCCAGUUGCCAUGAAAUCCCUGGAUGAACCAAAUCCUCAGCCCAACAUGAUACUGUCCUUUGAUAUUAA